AUGGCAGACAAAGAUAAAGCAGGUCCAUCCAAUGCUGGAGAAAGUUUACUAGAUUUUGCCAGCUUACCGGCAGAUGCACUCGACAGCUAUAUAGCCCAUUACGACCUGGCCAAAAGCUAUCCUCCUCCACCUUCCCGUCGUUCACCUUCGCCGCCUUCCGCAGACGCUGACGUUAUAGACGAAAGCGAAAGUGCACUUAAUGGAUCGCUAACAUCUCGUAGAGGUAGUCGAGUCUCAGCACGAAACGUUGAAGAUGCAAACCUUGCAACAACAUCCUCUAGACUUCGUCCAAGGUCACCAUCAUCUUCCGUCGCACAUCUAUUCCCCGGCAGUACAGGUUUGGGAAAACGAAAUGCAAGUGCGGCUGGAUUAGAUGAAAAUGGAAUGGAUAUAAACGGACAGAGACCGGAUGAUAUUCCUGCUCCAAGUCAUUUCUUUGAUGUACAAGAAGCGGAUGAAUAUUUGGCACAAGUUGCAAGUAAACACUUUGCUGCUCAGCCUCAGCCUAAAGAAGGAGAAAUUGUCGUUCAAUUCUUGUACAGAUGUCGUGCUGGAGACAAAUGCCUCAAGAUCGCUUCGUGA